AUGGACAAAAGAACCAUGCUUAUAGUGGGCGACUCAUUAAACCUGCUUUUAGCCGACGCAAUCCGGUUCAACGUGAGACUAGGCGCCAACGCCAACGCCAAGGACCAGGAGGAGGAUUCUGCCAAGCCCCAGGUACAGUGGGGUGAGCCGACAGCCUACUGCCAGCGGUACCAAAACGCGACCAAGAAGAAAGACCCGCGCUGCUGGACCCUCCACCUCUGCGCGGAUCUCGGCUUCUCCGUGCAGGUUUUCUUCGUCCGCGACUAUUACCUCAACUCCACGGAAGACGUGAACGAUUUCUUACUGGACAGGAGCUUCGACGAGUCGUGGAUGGACGAGAUCGCAGCACAGAACGUAUCGAUGGUGGUGAUGAACCGAGGCGCUCACUACAUUGAAGAUGAGAGGUUUGAGCGGCAGUUGCAGUCCACUCUGCUGGCCCUCCGGCAGGCCCACCCCGAGCUCCUCAUUAUCGCCCGAAACACCCCUGCUGGUCACCCCGGGUGCUGGCUGCACAGGAAGCCGCUUUCCAAGAAGCUUCUGGAGCUGCCGCAUGACGACUGGCACUGGGACGGGUUUGCAGCGCAGAAUGGGAUUGUGAGGCGGCUGGUGGAGGGCGUGGGGGGUGUGUACAUGGAUGUGAAUGCGUCGACUGUGUGGCGGCCUGAUGGCCAUGUGGGGCGCUGGGACUGCUUGCACUACUGCCAUCCGGGCCCCGUGGACACGUGGGUGCAGCUUCUCUUCAACCUGCUGCUGGGCCUGCUCGUGCCUAGUAGUGGUGGCCAGGUGCGGUUGAGGGUGUUUGGUAGCACUUAUGUGGCGGGUGAUGGGCAUGUGGGGCGCUGGGACUGCUUGCACUAUUGCCACCCGGGCCCCGUGGACACGUGGGUGCAGCUGCUGUUUAAUCUGCCGCUGGGGCUGCUUGUUCCCACUGGCUGA